AUGCGUUUGUUUUUCCAAGCUAACUUUCUCGCGGUCUUUAUUGUAAUGACCGCCAAAGGCGAUGGAUCUUCUUCAUCCUGCCCCAAGCCGUACGACAAGAUGAUGUUAUGCAACCUGAUGUGUAACAUUCUACAGGAUUCGAGCGCAAACGACGCCAUUAAACUGUUACAAGCGAAACUGGAAAGUCUCGUUGCAGUGAUGAACAAACCUGCAAUAACAACAGGUAAACUAUAGCAGAUAUUAACGAACUCUCACUUCUUCGACGCAUUUGUCUUCCGUUCUCACGCGUCUUAUUUUGCUAAGCGAGAGGAUCUGAAGACAUUAUUAAUAGAAACCUUUUUAUUUCCUAUUUGAUUACAGUCAUUGCCGCUUCCUCAUGCAAGGAACAGUAUGAAAAACACAAGUGACUUUGAAUCUGAAUAGAUAGAUACAGUGUUGUGAAAUAAGGCAAUUGGCACCAAGAAAAACUGGCUUUUUCUAUUUAAGAGAUGCUAUAAAUUUUUUCUUAAAAAUUUGACAUUCAGUCAAAAAUGACAAGAGUUGACGAUAAAUGCAAAAUAUAAUAAUACAGUGAAUGUUGCGUUCGCUAUUUUCAUUUUCGUAGUUCGACCAAAAGCCAAGUGUACACGCUGAAGUUUGGUUCGCAAAAGAUUCCUGUUUACUGUCACAUGGGCAACUUUGGAUGCGGAGAUGGAGGGUGGACGCUGGCCAUGAAAAUUAAUGGCGCAAAGGUAAAACGAUUCUAAUAGCAUACGGAAGUUAUGUAUAUGGUGUAAAGCUGAUAGGGUCUUGUUUUUAUUACAGAAAACAUUCCAUUACAACUCUGGGUUUUGGAGUAACAAGAAUCCCUAUAACUUUCCAGGAGGUAAGACCGGGUUUGACGAUCAAGAGACUAAACUGCCAACCUACUGGAACACAUCCUUCUCUAAGAUCUGCCUGGGUAUGAAGAUCGGCCAGCAGAUCAAGUUCAUUGUUAUCAACAAGAAGGCCGCUUCUCUGCAUUCAUUGAUCGAAGACGGGAAGUAUCGCGCUACGUCACUGGGUCGUAAUACGUGGAAGAAGCUGAUUAGCUCUCAGGCCUCUCUACAACCUAACUGUAACAAAGAAGGGUUCAAUGUUGGUCGUGGGAACAAUAUUCCAGGAGCCAGGAUUGGUUUCCUUGGAAACAACGAAAAGGAAUGCAAAACAUGUGACUCAUGGAUUGGAUUUGGCACCGCAACGUGGUCUGACAGCUACACCACGUGUGGUAACGGAGCCCAUGGUUCAGGCGCAGAUAAUGGAUUAAAGAAAAUCAAAGCGAUGGGGUACAUCUUGGUUCAGUAA